AUUAAACAGCCCCCUGCACUCGGGAACAACUGUCGUGUAAUCGGGUUGAAACUAGGGUUUAAGACGAGCUUAUAUUCCGAUUUCACUCUUACGGCGAGUUACAGAGCUUCCUUCGGUCAUCUUUCGCAGGAAGUGAAGGUUCCGCAACCAUGAGGUUAUCGUUUUGCGGCCUGGUUUGAUUGAUUCAGUUGCGGCCCCCCCUUGAGCUAUUAGUCGUGCUUGAAUCCUGUUCUCUGUGGCGAAAUCAAUGCCCGGCUUGAAAGACGUACUCCUUGUUUAACAUAAUUUAAGCUUCAGAGUGAUGCGCUGAGGGAGGCCAUCUCCACCAUCAGGACUAGGUCGGCAGAGAAGCCACGCAAGUUCACUGAGACUGUUGAGCUUCAGAUUGGGUUGAAAAACUAUGAUCCUCAGAAGGAUAAGCGUUUCAGUGGGUCUGUUAAGUUGCCUCACAUCCCCCGCCCCAAGAUGAAGGUCUGCAUGCUUGGAGAUGCCCAGCAUGUUGAGGAGGCAAAGGCGUUGAAUCUCGAAUACAUGGAAGUGGAGAGCUUGAAGAAGCUCAACAAGAACAAGAAGUUGGUGAAGAAGCUUGCAAAGUCAUACCAUGCAUUUUUGGCCUCUGAAUCUGUUAUCAAGCAGAUUCCUCGUCUUCUAGGCCCUGGCCUGAACAAGGCAGGCAAGUUCACCUAACAGGGGUUUGCACUUGCUCUAAUAAUGUGAUGUUGUCUGGACAUAACAAAGGGUGUCCCGUUUUGGAUACAGGAAAGUUCCCUACUCUCGUCUCUCAUCAAGAAUCCCUGGAGGCUAAAGUGAACGAGGUCAAGGCAACAGUGAAGUUCCAGCUGAAGAAAGUUCUGUGCAUGGGUGUCGCUGUUGGAAACUUGGACAUGGACGAUAAGCAAGUCUUCCAGAACGUUCAGAUGAGCAUCAACUUCCUUGUCUCCCUGCUGAAGAAGAACUGGCAGAAUGUUAAAGUGUUGAACUUGAAGACUACGAUGGGCACCCCUGUGAGAAUCUUCUGAUCAGGCCCCGGGUUCUGGUCUCUUAGGAUUUUGGUUUGUUUGGGGGGUUGUGUGUGAGUUGAAUGAACAAUAUAGGCUGUGCGCAAUUAUAUCAGACAGUGCAGAUGGUUUGGACUUGCAGUUCGUUAAGAAAUUGUCUCUCUCUUCUACAUUGUUAACUUCAGUGCAAACACUUUUAGUUAGAUACUGCAGAUUGCAGAAGGGGAAGUCUGAUUAUUCUUCCUCGUUUUUGCCUUCCAUUUAAAGUUUCUCUCUUUUUCUAUGGUCCCUAGACUUCUAUAACUGCUUGCGCUUGGCCGUUGCCAUUUGAGUAGCGUGCUACGUGGUCUGUUGUAAUUAAGGAAAAUUGAUGCGUAUCCAAAGUAUGGUUGGUUCAUUUGGUUCAAAUUUAGUUUUCUUUCGUUUUUCUUUCAUACUUAAGGUAAUUUGUAGUUUUGUGCAGACUAGAUCGUUUCCCAUCUCUGGAUACAAUAGAAGAAAACAUGAUAUUCGAC